UUUUCUGUUUCUUUCACUCCACGAUUUUCACUGUGCACAUGUGUUUCGCUUCUAAUUCGUAAUAAAAUUAAUUUUUUUGCACUGGAAAGUAUAAACGUACUAGAAAAUGGGAAAGGGCAAAAAAGUUUUCAUCGACCGCAAAAAUGCUGUGACGUUUCAUUUAGUACAUAGAAGUCAACAUGAUCCUUUAGUGACCGAUGACACCGCACCCCAACAUGUACUGGUUGAAGCUUUGCCACAAAGCAUAUCAAACACAGAUUCAGUUAAUGCGGCUAAACGUUACGAAGAACAAAAGAAGUUUGGUAUAUUCUUUGACGAUGAUUAUGAUUAUUUACAACAUUUGAAGAAGCCAGAGCAGGAAGUCGUUUGGGAGUAUGUUGAAAACCCCAACCAAGUACGUAAAAGGCUUGAAGAAGGUCGCACAACGACAGCUCCAAAAUUGGCAUUGCCAAGUUCAGUAUUCGCGUCUGAGUAUGAAGAAGAUGAGGGUAUGUUAAAUAGAGCGGCUCCGGUUCCUGGCCCACGGCCUGAUUGGGAUCCAGAUGUAGUAGCAGCGUUGGAUGAAGACUUCGAUUUUGAUAAUGAAGACAACUUGCUAGAAGACGACUUCGUUCUGAAGGCAAUGGCUGAAGGUGAUGAUGAUGAGCAAGAAAAUAGUGAUGCUGACUAUAGCGAUGAGGAUGACAAAGAUGCUUUAUCUAAUGUUGAAGAAGAUAACGAAAGAGACUUUGAUUCAGAUAAUCUGAACGAAAGUGAUGAUGAAGAGGAUGAGCAGGAACUAAUGGAUCGCCUCGGUCCACUGCUACGCAAACACAGUUUCAAUGAUGAAGAAACAAAGUCCCGUUUUACCGAGUACUCAAUGUCUUCAAGUGUUAUAAGACGUAAUGAUCAACUGACACUGCUAGAUGACCGUUUUGAACGUUUCUAUGCAACCUAUGAUGACCCCGAAUUGGGUGAUUUGGCAUGUGAAGAAAUCGAUGGUGACUGGGAUCAGAAACACCGAGUUUUGAUGGCAUGUUACAGAGAACACAAACGUGGCAAAAAGGUCGAACCAUACAAAAAAGAAUGGGAUCGCGAGCGCGUCGAAAAAUAUCGUGAUAUCAUCGAAGGCGAAGAUCCAAAUGAUGAAUUAAUCGAAAUGGAAAUAGCUGAUGACGAACAAAAGAAAUGGGACUGCAAAUCUGUUCUUUCAACCUAUUCAAAUAUUUAUAAUCAUCCAAAACUCAUUGAAGAGCCAACUCGUAGAAGUCGUAGGAGUAGUAAGGCUGAAUCAAAUGCUGGUGUAAAUAAAAUAGAAAUUGAUCCAAAAACAGGCCUGCCUGCAAAUGUUUUGCGAAAUGGUGAAAACAAUCAACUCACUGAAAAAUCGUUAGCAAAACUUGACGCGCCAAUUUCAUCGACCGGUCCAAAAUCACUAUGUAAUAAAUCGUUGAUAUCCACAUUAAGUGUGUUAUCCAUAAGGCCUAAAGAUGAAACGCCUGAAGAGAAACGAGAGCGUAAACGCUUGCUAAAAGAAUAUCGGCUUGAACGACGCAUCGAGAAAAAGGCUAAUGCGGAGGCAUUCAAAGAAGAAAAAAAGCGACAAACGCAUGUUAAAAUAAAUCAAAAAUGUAACCAACAGGGUACAAAAAUCAUCUAAUAUGGCUUGUAUUGAAUUAAUAUUAAUUGGUGCACAUUUGUUAAAUAAAAAAUUUUAAAUGUAAAAAUA